AUGUCUUCACCCCACCAAACGACUCCACGGACGUCUAAAUCACCAUCAAAACGUAAAUCCGUAAGUUCCCCUGCUCGUUCUACUAACUUGAAGACCCCGAUGAGUAUCUCGACUGCCACGGCCCAGUUACUCACCUCUACCAAGGCCUUGCUCCAGUCUUUAACUGCCUGGGCCAACAAAACUGCUUCUGUUGGCGAGGUUUCGGCCAAGUUCGUUCAAGUCGGUGAUGAUUUCAAGGCACUCCGAAGAGCUUAUGUGGCUGGUGGUGUUGACACUAGCGAUGUCAAAGAUAUUCCAAAUCUAUUGAGGAAAGUGCUGGAGGAAUCGUUAAUCUUGGAGCCGUCACAAAGCACACUCGAUAUGUUUCUUCCGAAAGUUGGUCAGAUUGUAGCAGAGCUGAUGAAGACGCUGAAAGAAAAACAGGCAGAGUCUCAAUCGGUUGCUGAAAAGCGGAAGUCUCAAAAUCACCGCUCUGUCUCGGGCCCAGCAAAUGUGUCUGCUUCAGCUACUAGUCCCCCGCUUCCUCCACCCCCGUCUGAGUCCAAAAAUGAUGCUAUAUCCCGUCUUCAAAACAAUCACUCGCUUAUGAGAAAAGCCUCGAAGCGGUUCUCGGCCUACCAAACCUCUAAAAUAAUGUCCAUGAAUGCAAUCAGUCCUCGCAAUUCUCCAGCCCCGGCUGAGAAACAGACAUUAAGUCCCGAACCGCCAAGCAGUCCAUUGCAAGCAGAAGUCUCAAAGAACAUCAAGAAGUCUGAGAUUCAUCAGCAGCUUACGGCUCCAUCGAUCACAUUAGAGGAAGCUUUCGAUAGUAAAAAGACUAUCUUUAUUAAGCUCGAAGGACGCGUUAAGAAAACACAGAUACAAUUACCAAUCACAAUCACUCAACUGCGCACCCUUUUCACAGAAAAGUUUGGAUACGUGCCCGAGGAUGAUUUUCCUCCAAUUUAUAUACAGUUGUCGCCAACAGACGUCGCAUACGAGCUUGAAGAUACUUCAGAAAUCACAGACUCUGUCAUUAUUUCACUUUCAGAGCCCGAUUUCACUACCACGUUAAUGAAGGAGAUGAAGAACCAAACUGAAACGCUGCGAAAUGAAAUUGCGAAACUUGAACAGAACUUAAGUGGUCGCUUGGGGAAUUCAGGUGCAAGUGCUAUUUCCAAAGAGCCAGCAGUCAAUUCAUCAGCCUCCAAUCUCACCUCAAGUGAUAUAACAGCCGAAGUUGAGAGUCUCAAAACUGAACUUACAAAAGCUAGACAACUACAGAAAGCACUAAAAAAGCGUGUUGGUGCCGCGAUUGAAGACGCGUUGGAGCUCGUUGAAAACUUUCAAAAUUCAAGUCUGUCGCCCGAGGGAGUUAUCAGCGACCCAUACAUGGAACAAUGCAAACGCAAGGUUAGUUCCGAGUGCGAAAAUUUGGUCACUAGAAUUGAUGAUUUGCAGGACAUCAUUGAAGCUCUGAAACUGGACAUUAGCAAGCGUGGAAGCAAACCCACACAGAAACAAAUUCUUCAGGUCCAAAAAGAGCUUCAGACGACGAAAACGAAUCUUUCCUCGCUCCUGCAAUAUAUGUCCGUCGAACGCAAGAAUUGGAACGCCAGAUGGCAAGCAGAGCUUACUGCCGUCUUGGAAGAGCAAGAAUUUUUCAAAGAGCAGGAAACUAUUAUACAUUUGCUUGAGGAAGAUCUAGGUUCUGCGGAUGAUACAUAUGCGUUGAUAGUGAAAUGUGUUGAAGAGUUGGAGAAGAACCCAAAACUAAUGCGCGGUGGAAGCAUAGCUCUCCCUCCUCCAGAUCCAUCUGUUUCAAUAAGCCAAAUGAGAAACGCCUUAAUGGACGAGGUCCUUAGUUUGAAGCCAGAUCAUGAUUCCAGGGUUGAGGCUAUCAUAAAGGCCGAGAAAGUCAGAGAAAAGGAAAGGGAGAUCCUAAUUGGCAACCAGGACAAAGAUGAGUCAGAUAAGUCAUCAGAGUUGCAGGGCGAUGGUAUCAAUAAUGAUGUUUAA